CUGACCUCGGCCGUUGCCUAACGAAACGAAAAGAACCGCUGCAAAUGGUCGGGAUGCGCGGCUUUUCGGUGGCCAUUAGCUUGCUCUUGUUGUGGCAAUUUAGGAUAUACAAGGGGAAAGACGUCGCCGAGCCGGUCAAGAUCAAGGAGGCACCUGUCAAGGCGAAGCGAAGGGAGAAGAAGAAGUCAGAA